AUGACUCCAGGAAUUCCGAUUUUUAGCCCAAUGAUGCCAUAUGGCACAGGACUGACACCACAGCCUGUCCAGAGCACCAACAGUCUGUCCAUCCUAGAGGAACAACAGCGGCAGGAGCAGCAGCAGCAAGGGGCGGCGCAGGCGACACAGGGAACAUCUGGUCAAACCCCUCAGCUCUUCCACUCACAGACUCUUACCACAGCCCCCUUACCGGGAACCACACCUCUGUACCCCUCCCCGAUGACGCCGAUGACUCCAAUAACUCCUGCAACGCCAGCGUCCGAGAGCUCGGGGAUAGUGCCGCAGCUGCAGAAUAUUGUGUCAACAGUGAAUCUUGGUUGCAAACUUGAACUAAAAACUAUUGCGCUUCGUGCCCGAAAUGCGGAAUAUAAUCCCAAGCGUUUUGCUGCUGUUAUUAUGAGAAUAAGAGAACCACGUACUACUGCACUUAUAUUCAGCUCUGGAAAGAUGGUGUGCACAGGAGCAAAAAGUGAGGAACAAUCGCGACUGGCAGCAAGGAAGUAUGCCAGGGUUGUUCAGAAACUGGGUUUUCCUGCAAAAUUUUUGGAUUUUAAAAUUCAGAACAUGGUGGGCAGCUGUGAUGUGAAAUUUCCCAUCAGAUUAGAAGGACUGGUACUCACACAUCAGCAGUUCAGAGGCUUGUCUAUCUACGAGCCAGAAUUGUUUCCCGGCUUAAUCUACAGAAUGAUCAAGCCAAGAAUUGUUCUGCUUAUUUUUGUUUCUGGAAAAGUGGUUUUAACUGGUGCUAAAGUACGAGCAGAAAUCUACGAAGCGUUUGAAAACAUCUACCCUAUUUUAAAGGGAUUCAGAAAGACAACGUAACAGUUUCUACAUCUUUCAGAGAAAUCAGGGGUUUAUUUUAAAAGGUAUUGUGUAUGGCACAGCAGUAACAAGAGAUGGACUUCAGUGAAACUGCAACACCAGGACUUGGACUAUUUCCCAGUUAGUGCCUACUUCCCUGAUGCUCAAGGGGAACUGUAUUCUUGAUUAUGUCUACUGAGUUACUGUGAGUUGCUUUACUGGGCUGUUCCUGGAGCAGUCCCUCAAGUUUUAUUUAUAUUCUAGCUUUUAAAUAGUUUUAAUGCCAGUUCUAUUAAUAGAAAAUGGGUAAGUUGGUUUAAAAGACAAAUGCAACUGUGUCACUCAGUGUAUAAACCACUUAAAUUGCCAUGUAUAUAUGUUUUAACUUCUUUCCAUAAGACCAUGGUUUUUAUAGUUUUCAGAACUUAAACUUUUAAAUUUUUUCAAUUUUAAAAUUUCUUUGGUGCCAGACACAUUCCCUCUUUCCAGUAUUAAGCAAGACAGAAUAAAUUUAUUAAUGGAAGCGGCUCACUGUACAUAUAUAUAUA